AUGGGUCUCCUUCAGAGCUGUUUUGCUAGAAAAAACAAAGUGGGUGUCGCAAAAGAAGAGAUGGAGGCGUACGAGAAAGUACGGAAAACAAUGGUCACAGAGGAAGUGACAGAAAGGAAAGGUGGUGUGGCCUUUGAUCUUACAUUUGUCUCUGAGGAAACUCCAAAGAUGCCUCCACCAAGAUUGCUUGAAAAUAAAAAGGAGGAUUUUGAAAAAUGGAGAGAGUCUCAAGAGAAGGCACAAGCCGAAAAACAGGAGCGGGCUCAACAGAACAGAGAGGAAGCCCGUAUCCAGAAAGAGAUCGAUGUCGCCCACAAGGAGAUGGAGAGGCUCGAAAAAUACGUCAACCUUACUGCAGAAUAAAAAUACUUUAAGCUCCUGAUAAUUUCACUGUUAACGAUCUGGACAAUUUAUUUUGAAAUUUUUAAUUUUCAAAACGAUUGGAACCAAAGAGGGAACACCCGAGCUCUUUUGCUGCAAAUCUUUGUUUUGGCUAUUAAUUGAUUUUCUUUCUUUUUUAGGCUCAUACAUUUUUUUUUUUUGGGAGGGGUGGAGGUGGAAUUUGAAUUUCCAAAAUGUUGGCCUCGGAGACAGAUCUGAAGCGCUAGCAUGGCGGACAAAAUUCAGCUUUUCAAAAAUUUUCACAUCUUUCGGAAC